GAAGAACAUAUCUGACCAAGGUUGGUGAUUUGAAGCAUUUUGGUGGUGAUGAACAUGCUGGAAGAUGUCCCGUUUCAGACCGAGCUGGGUCCACUGGAGGAAGAAAUGCAGCUGUUGCCUGCUCCGGACAUUACUCUACCAGACUGCCGACAGAUAAUGAAGGAAACUGAGUACGGAUUCAACCUGGAGAGAUGGAUUUUAACUGGCCAGGAGCCAGUCUGCCAGGCUCCAUCCUGCCCACCUUACUGGUUGAUGUUCAGCAGCCCUAAGGAGAGUCACAGAGUCACUCCCAGGAGCAGCGAUCAGUGGGUCCCCAACCCUCGGCCCCGCAGCCACAGCUUGAACUCUGCAGACGCUCACUGGCUGCGCCAUCGCACCGUCAAGUUCCUCGUAUCUGACUCUGAUGAUGAAGAUGGUUAUCAUGAGGACAAUGAAAUGUCCUCUACUGAAGAUGCCCCUCACCUCAUCAAUUGCAGGGAGCGGCCCCGGAGCGCUUCACUCAAAGGCCCGAUCUCCAGAGUCAAAGACAUGCACUUUGUUGCUUCCCCUCACAACUGUAGGACUGGCUCAGCUCAGUGUUUCAGAGGUCACAGGGGCACGUCUUCUCCCCAAGAGUGCAGACAGCCUCUGCGUGUGCUCGAGCAGCACAGAUCACAGCAGGCCAGCCCGCUCCCUCAGGGCCAGAGGAACAUCAAGAAGAGGCAGCGCUCUUCAGGCAGGAAGUUCUCCCAAAACACACCACCCGCUGGACCUUCCCCACCGAGGCAACAACAACAACGACCCUCCUCUGCAGGGCCUGUUUUAAAAAACCGCAGAAAGAAGGUUCUGACGAGCGGUGCCUCUCGGGGGGUUUUCUUCGACUGUGCAGCAGAGCUUUUGACAGCCCUCAGCCAGGAAGAGAGAGAGUUACUUGAAACAAUCACUGAGAAAGGCUACCCUUUAAGAACAGCUAUUCUGGCGCUGCAGAAGACAGGCUAUAGGAGCCCUGAAAAGGUGCUAAAAUAUCUGGUUACCUGCGAUCGUCUGUGUCAGCUGGGUUAUGACCAAGCACAGGUGGAAGAGGCUUUGGAGAUGUUUCAGAACUGUGAAAGCAAGGCUGCUGAGUUCCUACGCCUGUUGGCUCAGUUUAAUGAGAUGGGCUUCCAGCAAAGCGCAAUCAAAGAAGUGCUGCUUGUUAAUGAAAAUCACCGUGAGAGGGCUCUUGAGGAGCUCAUGACACGCAUGGCUUAAAUAAGUCAUCACAUUUCCAGUGAAAAGAAGGGAAGGACUUUUACAUCCACUCACUAGAAGAGCACUCGUGAGAGCUCAGUUCCAGACCAGACCAGUCCCCUACCUAUAGUUUUAUAGAAAGAACAAUACUUUAAAAUUACAAUGAUAACUCUGGCAAGGAUUUACCUCUGGCUGAAUUCAAAUACUGCGUUUUGGCUUACGCUCAGCUGAAGUAAAACCAUGUUCAGCUGAAUAAUUAGGGGCAGGAAUGAUGGGAAAAUAAUAG